CUAUUCUGACAGUUUUUAAGCGGCUACUCCAUUUUUAGCGCGUGUGAAUGAGGUAAAACGGAAAAGUUUUGUUAAAAAUAAAAAUAAUAGCAAAAGACAGAUAUUUUCAACCGCUUUAGAGUUGGAGUAUACGCAUUAUAGUGUACUGCUGUAAGGAUAUGAAGUGUUUUUGGUUUCUUUAUUUUGCUUUCGUUUUAGCAACCUGCGUUUGUGCGGAAGAUGUACCGGGUUUUGGAAAAAAUUGCGACAACGAAGAUUGUGGUUGUUGCGUGGUAGGCUAUGACGAAAAAGGCUGCCAAAUAUGUGAAUGCAAAUUGGACAAUCCACUAAAUAACGACGUACGGCAGCCCGAAUACGAAGGAUUGGAACAAAACAUCGCUCGUGCUGCAAAUAAGAAUGCGAAAAGGUGGGGGAAAGCUGCUGACAACGAAACUGUUGUAAUUCCUUAUUUACUGGACGCAUUAACUCGUGAAAGCCCGAAACGAAUAAAAAUCAUCCUACGUUCAAUGAGGUUGUUUAGUUCUGCUACUUGCAUUCAGUUUCGCCCCGCAACGAAAGCAGACGUGGACAAGAUAGAGUUUCGUGUAUUGGACGGCGCCUGCUAUACUUUCUUAGGCAAGAUUGGCGGAACUCAACCGAUAUACCUUGCAAACUCAUGCGUAGUAAUUUCCACCGUUACACAUGAAAUAAUGCAUGUGCUUGGUUUUGACCACGAGUUUAAGAGGCCGGACAGAGACGACUAUAUCAAAGUUCAUAAAGAUAAUAUAAUACCAGGUAUUUUCGCCCAAUUUACGAAAGUCCGGGCGAAAGAUAUAAACUCAUACGGUUCACCUUACGACUUUAACUCUGUGUUAAACUACGAUGGCUAUGCGUCAUCAAUCAACGCUAAACCAACCAUUACCGUAAAGAAAACGGGAAAGGUAUACAGGGAGACCGCCUUAUCACCUUCAAUAGAAGACUUAAAUCAGAUACGAGCAAUGUACGGAUGCACGAAGCGUGGCUUGAACGAAACUACGACAUGUUAUCACACAUCUGACCAUGGAUACAGUUACAGGGGUAGGGUUAACACUACCAUAGGAAACCUGACGUGCCAGAGGUGGAAUUCAACCUUUCCCAAUAAUCAUUACUUUAAGUCGGACACGUACACAGCUGCUGGUCUGGACGAGAACUACUGCAGAAAUCCUACAAUGUUAGAUAUGCCAUGGUGUUAUGUGGCAUCGGGAGGGAAAAUGUGGGAAUAUUGUGACGUGCCUGUUUGUCAAAACUCGGUGACGCUUGUUCCUGAUAUAACGCCAGUAAAACGAUAUCCUGGUUUCUGGGAUCCUUGGACUACCUGGUCAAUUUGCAGCAAGACCUGUGACAGAGGGCUUCGAUACCGUACAAGAAAAUGCGUGGGAAAUGAUAUAGGCUCGCCGAAUUGUCAAGGCAGUUACUGGCAUUCAGAACGUUGCUCGAUUAAAAGUUGUUACGACAGAGACGGAACGAUUUGGUCAAACUGGAAUCCGUGGUCAGACUGCAGUGUUGCUUGCGGUAACGGUACAGAAACAAGGAUUCGAACCUGUAGAUCUGACGGUCACGAACGGACUUUUACCUGUCCAUCUGACUCUGUGGAAAAACGACCUUGUAUACAAAAGGAUUGCUCAAAAUAUUACACCCAAAGUUGCUACGAUCCAGUUAAGCCAAGCAUUUACCGGGGAAACGCAUCUACAACUACAAAUGGCUCGUCUUGCGAAAUGUGGAACAAAACCAUACUCAAUAUAACAAAAUAUGGCAGCUUUGAUAUGAGAGAGAAUUACUGUAGAAAUCCGCUACAAGACAACCGACCACCUUGGUGUUACAUAAAGGGUACAAAUACCACCAUGAACUGUUCCAUUACAAUUUGUAACAAAGGUGCAUACUGGAGUGAUUUUAGUGUAUGGUCGCCGUGUACAGCAACAUGCAAAAACGGUACACAGUAUCGUACAAGGUCUUGCAUAGGAGGAAGUAUUGGCAAUGGAAAGUGUCGAGGGGCAGCUACAGAACAAAAGUCGUGCAACACAUUUAUAUGCGAUUACGCUGGAGGAGCACCACCAUUACCAAUAUCUUCUCCCAAACAAGUCAUAUCAAAAGGUUCAGAAUGUUUCAACGCAAGUGACCGUAGCUCCUACAGAGGCAGUGCACAUUUAACCGUGGAUGGUUUUACCUGCCUACCAUGGAUGUCACCAUUCACAAACCCAUAUUAUUUGACAAACCAAGAUAAGUUUGGGUUGCGAGAAAACCACUGCCGCCCGUUAAUUUAUAACUGGCCCAUCUGUUAUGCAUACCGGACAGGAUCCAGCACUCCGGUAUUAAAGUAUUGCACAGUUUCAUUAUGCCCCACAAAAGAAGUAGCGGCCUACGAACCUAACGGUUGCUACGACCCUCACGACCGACAGAGUUACAGAGGAAACAUAACCGUAACACAAAAAGGUGUCACUUGUCAGAGAUGGGAUGUUAUGACUCCUCACCCAAGUUCAUGGAUAAUUCAUACGAAGUGGAACGGCAUUGGUCAACACAACUACUGCAGAAAUCCAGAUUUUUCUUUCAGGGGGCCAUGGUGUUAUACCACUGACCCGCAUUUAAGAGUGGAUUAUUGUAAUGUUCCUAUUUGUAAAACUAAGUACUAUUCGGUUUUAUCAGGAAAACCGAACGCAUAAGUCAAAAGGUGCUGUUUGAAUUACACACAGUUGUUUAAGUAAAAUAUAUAUGGAAGGGUGGGGGAAAAACGGAACACCUUUAGCACAUAAUAUCCAAAUAUAC